GAGAGAAGCAGAGGAGCAGAGGACAGCCGAGCCAUGGACUGGGGCGAAGGAGACCUGGUCUGGUUUGACCCGGGCAUGGGCCAUCCCAUACCCGGCGAGAUCCAGGAGGUGCAUCGAGCCGCCCAAGUAAUCGUCGUCCAGGCGAUGAUCAAAGGCAAGCCCCAAACGUUCGCCCUGCAGCCGGGCGAGGGCAGCCUGCGGGCUCGCCAGGACCUGGGCAGCAGUGGCGUGGAGGACAUGACCAUGCUGGACGACCUGCACGAGGCAUCGCUGCUGUGGAACCUGCGCCUGCGCUACGAUAAAGGCCUCAUCUACACGUUCGCCGGCAGCAUUCUGAUCGCCGUCAACCCCUACAAGAUGUUCCCGGACGCCUACGGCCUGGAGGUGGCCAAGCAGUACGCGGGAAGACCAUUGGGGGCCCUGCCCCCGCACCUCUUCGCCAUCGGGGCAGCGGCCCACGCGGCCCUGCCCUCGCCCCAGGUGGUGGUCAUCUCGGGCGAGUCCGGGUCCGGCAAGACCGAGUCCACCAAGCUGGUGAUGCAGUACCUGGCCGCCGUGGUCCCCGGCGGGGGCUCCGCAUCGGCGGUCAUCACAGAGCAGAUCCUUGAGGCCGCCCCGCUCCUGGAGGCCUUCGGCAACGCCCGAACAGCACGCAACGACAACAGUUCCCGCUUCGGCAAGUACCUGGAGGUUUACUUCAAGAGCGGUGCCAUCGUGGGCGCCAAGAUCACCCAGUACCUGCUGGAGAAGUCGCGGAUCGUGACACAGGCGCCGGGGGAGCGCAACUACCACGUCUUCUACGAGAUGCUCGGCGGCCUCAGCGAGGCGGAGCGCAGCAAGUACGGCCUCCUGGAGGCGGAGAAGUACUUCUACCUGAAUCAGGGCGCCACUGACUGCGCCAGCGGGCGCGUCGACUGGGCCUCGCUGCAGAGCGCCAUGCAGGUCCUGGGCGUGUCCGAGGGCGAGCGGGAGGGCAUCGUCCGGGUGCUGGCCGCCGUGCUGCACCUGGGCAACGUCUACUUCCACCGUCGCCAGCUGCGCCACGGCCAGGAGGGGGUCGAGGUCGGCUCCGACGCGGAGAUCAAGUGGGCCGCCCACCUACUGCACAUCAGCGACGAGGGACUGCACCGGGCGGUCACCAGUCGCACCACAGAGGCGCGGGCCGAGCGCCUGCACACGCCUCUGGGCAUCGACCAGGCCCUGGAUGCGAGGGACGCCUUCGCCAAGGCCCUGUACGCGGGCCUCUUCAACUGGCUGGUGUCGCGCAUAAACUCCAUCGUCCAGAAGGGCGGCACCCACGACGCCCACCGCAUCAGCAUCCUGGACAUAUUCGGCUUCGAGGACCUGGCCGAGAACAGCUUCGAGCAGCUGUGCAUCAACUACGCCAACGAGAACCUGCAGCUCUACUUCAACAAGCACGUCUUCAAGCUGGAGCAGGCCGAGUACGCUCGCGAGCGCCUCGAAUGGACGCCCCUGGCAUGGGAUGACAACCUGCCCGUGAUCCACUUGCUGGCCAAGAAGCCUGUGGGCAUCUGCCACCUGCUCGACGACGAGUCGAACUUCCCCCGUGCCACGGACCUGAGCUUCCUCGAGAAGUGCCACUACAACCACGCCCUCAGCGAGCUGUAUGCUCGUCCCCGCAUCGGGGCCCAGGAGUUCGGCGUGACCCACUACGCCGGACAGGUGUGGUACUGCGUAGACGGGUUUCUCGACAAGAAUCGCGACGCCCUGCGCGGCGAUGUCCUCGAGCUGCUCGCCUCCAGCCGCCUCACCCUAGUCACCGAGCUCACCAAGCAGCUGCGGGCCCAGCGGGACGCGGGCAAGACCCUGCCCAAGGGCAGCAACGGGCGCUUCGUCACCAUGAAGCCCCGCACACCGACGGUGGCCGCGCGCUUUGCGGACUCGCUCCAGCAGCUGCUGCAGUCGAUGGGCCGCUGUCACCCCUGGUUCGUGCGCUGCAUCAAGCCCAACCAGGAGAAGCACGCCCUGCGCAUGGACAUGCCGUGCGUGCUGCAACAGCUGCGCUACCUGGGCAUGCUCGACACCAUCCAGAUCAGGCAGCGCGGCUACCCGGUGCGGCUCCGCUUUCAGCACUUUGUCGAGCGCUACCGACACCUUCUGUCCGCGCCUCUGGCCCGCGGCACGCCCUACCGCGAGCUCUGCCGGGCGCUGCUCGAGGCCAUGCCCCGCACCGGCGUCGAGGGACCAGACUAUCAGCUGGGCGCCACCCGCGUCUUCCUCCGCGAGGCUCUGCACCGGGCUCUCGAGAGCGGCCGGACCGAGCGCCUACGCCACGCCGCCGUCAGUAUCCAGCGUCAUGUGCGCGGCAUGCUCGUGCGGCGCCAUCUGACCCGCCGCCAGGCCGCGGCCACUCGACUCCAGGCCCGGUGGCGAGGCCAGCGCCAGCAGCAGCACUUCGAGCGAAUGCGCCGUGGUGCCAUCACUGCCCAGCGCCUGUGGAGGGGCCACCAGGCCAGGAGACACGUCCAGCAGCUGCGCUCCGACCACCGGCGCCGGCAGGAGGCCCGAGAGGCGGCGCAGCGUUCGCGCGAGGCCAGGGAGGCCAAGCAGGCAGUGCUGGAGAGGAGCCAGCUGAGUUACCUGGACAUCCCGGCAGAGCUGGCGUUUAUCUACUCCAAGCUGCAGGGAUGGGCGCCGCCGCACAGCGACAGGAACCUGGUCAAGGUGCUGGGGACGGUCCCCGGACCGCCGGCCGCUGCCGUCCAGCUGCCCGAGGAUCUGGGACAGUUUUCGUUCGGAAAGUUCAGCAGCGUGUACUGCAACGGGCUGCGGCUGCAGCCCCGCCGAGAGCCCAUCUCUGCUCCGCUGCUGACCCGCGCGGCGUCCCGGGACCAGGACUUCCAGGACGCUCUGGCCGUGUUCAAGCUGAUCCUGCGCUGGAGCAACGACAAGGCUCUGGAGGGGCCCAAGGAGAAGCUGCUGUCCGACUACAUUGUCCACAAGGCGCUCAGCUCGCGCGGUCUGCGCGAUGAGAUCGUUGUGCAGAUCUGCAACCAGGUGCACGGCCUGGGAUCCGCUUCCGGCGAGGCCACCCGCCUGUGGCAGCUGCUCGGGCAGUGCCUCUGCUGCUUCCAGCCCAGUCCCGCCUUCAGCAAGUAUUUGAUGAAGUUUGUCGACGACGAGGCGCCCUCCCCCAUGCGGAACCUUCUCCUGCGCCAGCUGCUGCGCCAACAGAGCAGCGGAUCCGGCGGAAUCGCAUGCCGCAACUUUGUGCCCGCCUGGCUGGAGUGGCGCUCCUGGGCGCGCGGCUGCGACAUGGCCUUGCCCCUCACGCUGCCCGACGACGCCAGCCAAACAGUUGCAAUCGACUCCUGGACCUCCUGCGAGGAGGCAGCGGCUCUGGCGGUGUCCACGCUGGGCGUGGCCAGUCGCGGUUGGACCAUAGUGCUGGACGAUGGCCAGCAGCUGACGGACAGCUGUGGUCUGGACUACGUUAUGGACCUGAUCGCUGAGAAGGAACUGUGCCCUGCCUUCCCAGCCCCCAGGAGCGACCUACUCCGCUCCGGCGCCAAGUUCAUGCGAACCUCCUUGCCCGAGGCCGUGAAGCGACCAGGUGUACCGCCCCCCGCGCCGCCCACGUCCAUUCCCAAGGCAGAUCCGCCCCAGCAGCAGCAGAAGCGCAGAAGCAGCCGAGAGCUACUGUCCCGCAGCUCGGCCCUGAACGAACGGUACUUCGAGCGAGAGCCGAGCUCCCCGAGCCCGGGACAGGCCAAGUCACGCUCCAAGUCCUUGGACGAUCUGUUGGCCGGCGACAUAGCUCCGGGGCAGUCGCUGCCCUUGCCCGACUGCGACUCCCAGGAGCCGCUGCACACGCUGGGCCUCUCCGAGAGCCGACUCAACGACCGGUACCACUCGGCCGAGCGCCUAGCCCCCAUGGGCAAGGAGACGACACCCCGCUACCAGAAGUCCCAGAAUGCCGCUCGCCGCUCCCACGCUGCAUCGCACGGCUCCCACUCGAGCAAGUACGUCGACAAGUCGGAAUACGCCACCCGCUCCUCCGCCAUGUCCGACACCAGUGAGGCCCCGUCACUCGCCUCUCACGUCCGGCGGGUGCGGGUGCCGUCGCAAGCCUCGGACGUCGACCAGUUUCUGGACGACCUGUUCAGCCCGGUGCUCGAUGGCUCCCUGGACGAGCUCUCCGACGCCAGAUCCCUAGCAGCCAGCAUCAGAGGAGGAGGCCAAAGGCAAGCCACUGCGGAUGCACGUGCUCAAGCAGAUAGGGAGUCGGAGUUGGAGUGGGAGGAGCUGGAGCUGGAAGACCUGGACGACUACAUCAACGAGCUAUUGGAGCCGAUCGAGGUGGCAGAAACGCUCAAUAUGCUUUCGGAGAAGCAGCAGCUGGUGGACUGCAUCAAGGGUGGUGGCAGCACGGACCACGUAGCCACGGCCACAGCCACGACCACUGGCACGGGCGGCAGCAACGGAGGGGAUCCGCUGAUGCAUCAGCUCAUUCAGAUGCCAGGGGAGACGGACUCCGCCCCGGUCCUCUACCAGCAGCAAGUGCAGCGCGCCUUCCUCCAGUCUGCGAUGGCCCAGAAUCUGCAGAUCCAGCAGCAGCUGCUCGCCCAGAACCAGGCGCUGCAGACGCUGCUCAGCCAGCAGGCGGCGGCAGCAGCGGCAGCUACCUCUGCCUCUCCUCCGCCCCCGCCGCCUGCCAUGGGCAGCCUCUCCAUAUCGCCCCCGCCGCCGCAGUCGCCGCUGCGGCUGAAGGCCAUGCGCACCAGCCUGGUGGUGAUGGAUUCAGUGCAUCCGCCGGCGCCACCACCGCCACCGCCGAUGCCGCCGCCGCUGGAGUGCAAGGACCCGUCCGAGACGCGUCACUUCCUCGACCCGUACGGUCGGGCCAAGACCGUGAGGAUCGGCAAGUGGCGCUGGCCGCCGCCGCAGGGGGAGCCCCAGUUCCAGACCGAGGAGGACUUCUUCGCCUUCAAGAUGCGCCAGCAGCAGCGCAAGACAACACCCCAGGCCCAGCACCAGCUGUCCGCCAACGGAGGCUCCGGCGGCAACGCCACGGCUAUCGAGUGGGAGGAGUUCGAGAUCGAAAGCCAGACGCCGCCGCCGCCGAUGAUGGGCAGCAGCCUGACCACACAGCUUAUGCGGAGCAGCAUCCGCAUGGAGACAACCACCACCACCACCUCCACCUCCACAUCGGCGACUGCGGCCGCCUCCAGAGAUGUGCAGGACGCAGGGCAGUCACCGCAGACCAUGGUGACCACCACGAAGCUGGCGAAGAAGAGUUUCGAGAUCGGUGCCGAUCGCCCACCCCCCGGCAGCGUGGGAAAGCUGAAGCUCAGCUCCGAGAUGCGCCAGCGCCUGGAGCAGGUCACAGCCGGCCACUCGGUUCGCUCAACGGUGUCCAACAAGUCGGAGCAACGGGCUCCGUCCAAGCUGGAGGACACCCGCAAGCUGAUGCUCCAGCAGCAGCUUGGAGGACUCUUUGCUAGCGUCAGCGGUAGCGGGGCAGGUCACGGCGGAGCAAACCACGGCGAGUCUCUGGCCACGGUGCGGACCCAGAUUGAGCGGAUGGAGGGCAAGCUAUCUCCGCCGCCGGCCCCGCCCACGAGCGCCUGGCCGGGAGUGCUUCUGCCCCCGGCUCCCAGUGUGCCGGCUCCCCCGCCGCCCAUUCGGCCGCCGAGCAUGGCGCCUCCAGCUCCACCCCCGGCCCCCCAAAGUCCGCACGAGCGGACUCGCACACCAGAGCCGGAACCGGACUACCGCAAGGAGAACGUGCCCGCCUUCAUCCAGCGCCAGGAGCGAGACACCUUUGGCGCCGUGCGCCAGAGCGCCCUCCAGCAGCACCACCAGCCGCUGCUCCAACACCACCAUCACCUGAGUGACGAGCACUCGGCGUCCUCCGUUGCCGCCUGGGAGCAGGCGGAGCGGGAUAGGUCACGCAGCCGGAGCAGGUCACGAGACCGCGAGGACUACUCCGAAUCCGUUUGGGACCGGGCCGAGGUGGAGGGCCCGGCCUCUGGUAGCGGCAGUGAGAAGGAGCGCGAGAAGCGGGAGCGGGAGCGUGAGCGCCUCUACGAGCUGCGCCAGGUGGAGCGCGAGAAGGAGAGCCACAAGGUGUACCAGCCGGCUCCGCCGCGUGUCAUCCAGGCCAGCCUGGACACCAUAUCCAUGGGCAAGUCCAACACUCCGGCCACGUUUCGCACCCACAUGGCCCAGAAGUACGAGCACGAGCGUAAGCGCAAGAGCUCGGCCAGCUCCGGGAUGCGCGAGGAGCUGGAGCCGAUUGUCACGCCCCCGCCCGUUAUGGUGCCGGCCCCCGUGCCCCCUCCACCAGCCUCGGCCUCCUCGUCGUCCAGCGGAAUGAGUCCCGGACUGGCAGUGGCCACAGCAACAGGAUUGGGUACCAUCGGGGCCGGGGCCGGGGCCAGUGCCUGCCUAACUUACAACCGCGUGCCAUGGAAACUACGGGUGCGCAAGGAGGUGUUCCAGCCGCAUGAACCCAUCGGGCCGCCGGUGGCCCUCGACCUGCUCUUCGCCCAGGUCCUGAGCGACGUGUUCGGCGUGACCCCAUGCCUGCGCAUCACACCGCAGGAGAAGAGCUCCGCGCUGAACAUGCUCCACGGCCACGGGGUCAGCGUGGACACGCUGGCCGCCAGGGGCCAGCAGGUGCGGGCGCUGGUCAAGCGCCACCUGGUGGACAUGGCCCGGGACUGGCCUCUCUACUUCGCCCGCCUAUUCGCGGUGCAAGGCGCCCCCCUCUACCCGGACGUCAGCAUAAUGGGCGUCUCGCACAGCGGCCUCUACCUGGCCCGCCGCGACGCCGACUACCUGAUCGUCGUGCAGGCCAUUUCCUUCGCGGAGAUCCAGAACGCGGUCACCCUGCCCCGGCCCGCCGCCCUGCAGCUGAACAUGCGCAACGGGAAGCACCUGGCGCUGCACGCCUCCAGGGCAGCCGCCAUCCAGUCGAUGAUCACCAGCUUCGUGCAGGAGUUCCGGAAGUCACAAUCGAAGGCCUCGACGCUCUCGUCGGGCGCCCGAGCCGCUGCCCAGACCCUAAAUGUUCCGCUGGAGCGCCUGGAAUCUCGCCAGGCGCAUGCCCAGCGCAACGAGCACGGCACCUUGAACGGGAACGAGGGGGAGAAGCAGCAACAGCAGCACCAGCAGUCGGAGCUGCACCAUCACCUGCAGCAGCAGCAGCAGCACCACCAGCAGCAACAGCACCAGCAGCAGCAGCAGCACCAGCAACAACAGCUGGAGGAUGCCCUUGAGGAGCAGCAGCUGGCGGCUGAGCAGCAUCACCAGGGUCAGCAGCAGCGCUUCAUGAAGCAGCAGAGCUACCUGCACUCGGCCCGCAAGCCGAAUGCAGGCCAACAGCCCUCCUCCCUCACCAAUGGCCAGUCGCAGCAGACGGAUCAGAGUCAGCAGCAGCACCAGCAGCAGCAGUCGAUGACGCACCAUGACCUGGACGCCAACUACAUGCAGGAGGAGACCAACGGCGGCACACCGCCCUCGGUCACGAAGUACUCGCUGCUCCAGUUCGCCAUGCAGCACUUCCGCAACGACCAACUGCGGGACGCCGAUCGACAUCAUGAGCGACACCAGUCCCAGUCGCAGUCCCAGUCGGCCGCCAACCGCUCCUACGCGGAGCUGGUCAAGUGGCAGGGCCAUGCCAUACGCCUGCCGCUACUCCGGCUCCCCAACGACCUGGCCUCGCUGGCGCUCGAGUGCUUUGACUGCGUUCUCCGCUACUGCGGCGACAUUCCACUCGAUCCUGAACUCACCGAGGUCAAAUGUGUCUACACGGUGCUCAUGCAUUGUCACAAAUAUCUGGCCCUGAGAGACGAGGUUUACUGCCAGUUGAUGAAGCAGACCACGGCUAACCGAUCACCCUGCCCGGACAGCUCGCAGCGCGCUUGGCGCCUGCUCAGCAUUCUGGCCGCUUACUUCGGCUGCUCGGACGCCUUGCGUCCGUACCUGAUGGAGCACCUGACGUCGGCCGCCUCGGACCGUCGUCGCUCCUGCCACGGCACGGCGGCCGUCUGCCUGACGAACCUCCGGAAAACGGCCCGCUGCGGCGGCCGCAAGAACGUGCCAAGCGUGGAAGAAGUGACUGCCGUGUCCGCCGGGCGCUCGGCCAGGCGACAGAUCUACAGGCUGCCGGGAGGGGCUGAGCGGGUGGUAAACACGCGCUGCUCCACGGUGGUGGCCGAUGUCAUAGCCGAGCUGUGCUCACUGCUGGGCGUGGAGUCGGAGGCCGAGCAGCAGGAGUUCUCGCUCUAUUGCAUCGUGCAGGGCGACGCCUUCACCAUGCCCCUGGCCGCCGACGAGUAUAUACUGGACGUGACAACGGAACUUCUCAAGUCCGGGCAGCCCUUCUACCUGAUCUUCUGCCGCUCAGUAUGGCAUUUUGCCCUCAAGCGCGAGCCGGCUCCGAUGCCGCUGUACGUAGAGGUGCUUUUCAACCAGGUGGCCCCCGACUACUUGGAGGGCCUUCUCCUGGAGCUGCCCGGCAACGGGGUUCCCAUGCCAGAGAUGGUCCGUGAUAUGGCCAGGAUCGCGGCGCUACUGCACCGUGCCGCUGACCUCAGUCACGUGCCGGCCAUGAAGGAGAUCAAGUUUCUGCUGCCCAAGCCGGCGCUGGGGAUACGCGAGAUACGACCGGCCCAGUGGGUCGGCCUGGUGCAGUCCGCCUGGCCGCAGGUGGCGGGCCUGAGCCCGAGCCAAGUGAAGGCUCAGUUCCUUAAUGUGCUGGCCGCCUGGCCGCUCUUCGGCAGCAGCUUCUUUGCCGUGAAGCGCAUCUGGGCUGAGGAGGGGCCGCACGUGGAGGACAACCACAGCCCCAUGUGGCGGGACCUAAUCCUGGCCCUGAACCGGCGUGGAGUGCUCUUCCUCGAUCCCAACACGCACGAGACCCUGCAGCACUGGAGUUUUAUGGAAGUUAUAUCCACGCGCAAGGUUCGCUCGGAGGACGGAGCCCUUUUCCUGGACAUGAAGGUCGGCAAUCUCAUGCAGCAGCGCGUGAUUCGCGUUCAGACGGAACAGGCGCACGAGAUAUCGCGCCUGGUGCGUCAGUACAUCACGAUGGCCCAAAUCAGUCAGCGGGACAAGCGGGAGCUCAAUUAGGUGUACCGAGCAACGAUAAUUAUAUUUUAAAUAUGCAUAAUUCUACUUUUUACCUUUAUAAUUAUUUUUACCGAAUUAUUCUCUAUUCGAUAUAUCCCCGUACAUUUUUUUUUUGUUUCGUUUUGUAAGUUAUAUACAAUAUAUUUAUACACGCCCAUACACAAGAUACAUGCAUGCAUAUGUAUAUCUAGAUGCUUUUGUUUCCGCUGUCUUCUACCUCCCCUCCCACCUCUCGUUGGCGCUUCAAUGGCCAUAUAUUUCCCCCUUCUCGCCCUAAAAGUAAAUCCCAUUCUUUUGGAAACCAAGUGCAAUGCUCGUGCAGCAUUCGAAUGCACCCGCUCUGAAUACAAAUUUGAAUAUUGUCAAAUUUCUUGCAAACUUUAUUAUUAAAUUAUGCUUUUUUUUUUAAUUGGUUUAAACGAAAUCCGACGCAGUUGUGUAUUUAGUGUAAUCCUUAAAUUAUCAUAAAUAAA